AUUGUGCUACGGUCUAUCCUCCCCCCUGCUGCUGCUGGGUUUGCAAUUGCCGCUUGCUCCAGCUGAGCUAAGAGUAGCUGCAGCAACCGGUCAGGGACAGUCCCCGGCCCUUGGACUUAGAACCUUGCAACACCUUCCCUUGCCUGCGUGACUCCUUUGCACUUCACUGCUGUUUAUGUCCGGGGUGGGGAGAAAAAUCCCAAACCAGCUGUGUAAAUGAGUAUGGAAGAUUAUGAUUUCCUCUUUAAAAUUGUGUUAAUUGGCAACGCCGGUGUGGGGAAGACUUGCCUAGUCCGACGGUUCACUCAGGGUCUUUUCCCCCCAGGUCAAGGAGCCACAAUUGGAGUUGAUUUUAUGAUUAAAACAGUGGAGAUUAAUGGUGAAAAAGUCAAGCUUCAAAUCUGGGACACAGCAGGACAAGAGAGAUUUCGGUCCAUCACCCAGAGUUAUUACCGAAGCGCCAAUGCCUUGAUCCUUACUUAUGACAUAACCUGUGAGGAGUCCUUCCGGUGUCUUCCUGAGUGGCUACGGGAGAUAGAACAGUAUGCCAGCAACAAGGUCAUCACAGUGCUAGUGGGUAACAAGAUAGACCUGGCUGAAAGGAGAGAGGUCUCCCAGCAGAGAGCAGAAGAAUUCUCUGAAGCUCAAGACAUGUACUAUCUGGAAACAUCAGCCAAGGAGUCAGACAACGUGGAGAAACUCUUCCUUGACUUAGCGUGCCGCCUUAUCAGUGAAGCGAGGCAGAACACACUUGUGAACAAUGUCUCCUCACCCUUACCUGGGGAAGGGAAAAGCAUCAGCUACUUGACUUGUUGUAAUUUCAACUGAAGGCUUAUGAGGCCAGGGAAAGCAAAAGGAGUCAGCCUCAGUGGACCUUGAAUUGCUGGGGGGAUUGGCAAUGACCAUGGCUCCUGCUCCCAGCCCUACCAACUCUGGUGGACCCCUGAGCUCACAGUGCCUGGCAGCCCGGGGCCUUGCCCAUAGGCCAGCAUUAGUGGAGCAAGUCCUGGUUUCACCCUUCCACAGUCAUUGCAAGGAGAGCACUGGACUCAGCACUCCACGACCUGCAGAGCAUGUGGCUUUUGGUUUUUGUGCAAAAAGCAAGUAAAAGCGCAUUCCUGAACUCAGUCAGGGGCAUUGUCCCCUAAGGCUCCCUCCUACGCAUCAGAGGUGCAUGUAGGGGCUGUUCAAGAGGACUUCAGGGGCCUGGUUUUCUUGUCUCCUGAAUAAACCCGAACUGGGAAGGUCAAGUACUGUUUCAGUAGUGCGUGUUGACAACGCCAAGGAGAUUUUCAUAAGUGUUACUUCUCUUGUCCACAGGCACUUUCAAAGACUGGGGGAUGUGAAAAUGAAACCUUUACUCAUGACCGACAGUAACAAUCAUCAUUUUAAUACCAUAUACAAGCUCCAUGACUCUUUUUGGUGCUAACAAUUCUCCUCUUUCACUUGACCAAACAUUUAAGUACAUCCAUACCCUGAAAUGUAUUACAUAGAAAUAAAAAAGAUGAGGGAAGUUCAUCAGUCAGCACUCUCUCUCCAAGUCUCAUGACUCCUUUCUCUAGGAUGGAUUUAUUGGAUAAGAGAACUUUUCCUUUCAUAUUCCCUUCUAAAUAUCUGCCACUUUCUUCAAUUCUAUUGUUUUUCCUGCCCUCUAAGUAAAUGAAAAUGACAAGGAAAAAAAAAAAAGUUGAUGCUAUUCUAAUAGAAAUGAUUAGCACUAAGAUAUUGUGAGAAAACAGACCCAAUCUGACCAAAAUACUGUGGAUUCGUGAACUAUGUGUUGAGUACAAUUCCUUGGUUUACCUCCUCUACUAUUUGUCCAUCUUGGACAGACCAAGGCUUAGGGUUUUGUAGACGUUUUUAGUAUGACAAGUGAGAAUACAACAGAUGAAAAUCUCAUUGACCAUUUUUGUAUCUUUAGUGAUACUCUUAGGAAAACUGCCUAUGGAAGCAGGUUGAGCUGUCAUUUGUCGCCUUCUUGUCGUGAUGCGUGCGACUCUCACACUCAUGAUCUGUCACUCUCUCUCUCUCUCCAGACCUCACCCUUCUUUUUUUUCCUUUCCUCUUGCCCUUCCUUCUGUCUGUCCUUCACUCCCUCCCUUAUAUGCAUGUGUUAUGGCAAAUCUCCAGUUCUCGUGGAGGAGGUAUAUUUGGAAACAAGAGUAAAAAUGGAUGGAGUGCUGCCGAAUGUGUUACCCUAUCUUCAGUGCCAUAAUUUGAUACCUUCCAAUUUGUUUACUGAUAUAAAUGCAAAUUCAGAAAAUAAUUAAACCUAUAUGCUAUUGA